AUUAAAUCCUUUUCUGUUGCAUCACCAGUGUAUUCGCGAGCCUUUCCCUGUCAACAAAGCCAAGUCCCGCCACAAAUCUCUAAAUGAAUUUUCUGCUGCCAGCCAGCGAGCUCGCUGCCGAAUGCUCUGCGCCAUCUCACACUCUUGAUUUGUAAAAGGAAGAAAGUGACAACGGUUCCCCACAGUACUGGGCCUCAUUCUCAGAUAGAUACCCCACAUACGACCCACUUGAUGACAACCAGGACGACCGCUGCUGUGGAGGUUGGCUUGAACUUCCAGUAGCUAGUUGAGGACAAUAGGAAGGAACUGAACAAACAGACUUAUAGCUGGGGUGGAUUCCCAAAACAAUUUACAAUGGCGUCUUACAUGUACAACCCCUCCAAGACGGUGACAGAGAUCAUGUCCAAGUACUUGGAGUUUGAUCCCGAGCAGCUACAACUCGGAAUAUGGUCAGGAGACUUGGUGCUGACCAAUGUGAAUCUGCGUGGCGACGCUCUUUACUCCAAGAUCAAUCGCAUGAAGAAGUCGCCUUCGGGACGAGAUCCCCUCAAGCUCAAAAUAGUCGAGGGUACCAUUGGCCAACUGAGGAUUCAAAUUCCCUGGAAACGACUAGUGUGGGGACAAGGAGAUGUCGUCAUUGACAUCAAGGGGGUGAACGUUGUGGUGGGGUUUGAAAGUAGAGAAGAAACGGAAGCAAAACAGAAAGCCACUGAAGCAGCCGAAGACAAGAAAGCCAAGAAGCAAAAGGACGAAAAGGCUGAUGAAGAAACAGUGCAGUACUCCAAAGAGUUCAGAGAUGCCAAACAAAGGAUUCUGGCCGCAGCAGAGCAACGCCUGAUGAAGGGACAACAACUUUCAGCAUGGCUGACACACAUGAUCAAGAAGGAACUCAAUGUAGACAACGACAAGAACAAAGUGGUGGGACCCAAAAAGCCCAAGGGAUUUGAUAAGUGGAUGAAGAAGGCAUCAUCCAACUUUGUUUGGAGGUUUCUCUCGGGCUUGUGCUUGAACAUUGAGGGAUUCAAACUGACUGUUGUUCAGGACAAUAUUGAAAUGGGGAUCAUCAUGCCCAAUACACACAUUCAUUCUGGAAAGAUGGGGUCUUCCCAAGGGCCAAAAGUCGACAAUCCUGAUGAUGGCAAAUCGUUCGACAGAGAACCGGAACCAGGUGAAGUGGAAGAUGGCGACAACAUUGACAAAAGCAUAAAUGCUCUCGGGGUGUCCGUAUUCGUAAGACGACAAAUCAUAUACCCCAAUGAACCUUUAUCCCAGGCAUUACUACUUCCAGAUGACUACGUCUUGAGACCCAUUGACAUGGGAUGUUCUCUAUCUUUCUUCUACCCUCAUGAGGAACAAUCUAAAAAGCGAAAGACUGCAAAUGGGACAGCCGCAGGAGUAUCAGAUGGGAUAUCAAUGGCAGACAGCACAGACGGAUCAUCCAAACGAAGAAGAGGAAAGAGGGAUAAACGACCUCGACCAGGGAGUUUUGAUGGGACCGCCGAAACCGACGUUGUCAGCUCAUUUGGACCUGAUUCAACGGGAUUACAGCGACAAAGAAGCCAAUACUCCUCGUACACAGAAGCAAUGCGACGAGCCCCGUCAAGACCAAACCUCUCCAAUCAACGCCCGUCGUCUCAAAUCGGUAGUCGACUUUUGACGCCUCCGCAACUUCAAAGGAGAGUCACUUCUUCCGGAAGAUCAGCCCCUCUCGUUCGACCCGAUGAUCUGAGUUCUGUUUACAAAUCUGCCAUGGCGGAAAGCAAACAAGUGACACCCAAAUUGGACAUGCAAAUGAACUGUGGCGAAAUCAAAUUUAUUUGCUCCAAAAAGCAUCUUGAUAUCAUACACAACUUUUUUGCAGUGGGGGCGAGAAUGCGAAAUGGAAGACCAACCUGUACAAUAACGGAAGUGUUGGCAAAAGGUGGAGAAAAGGGGAUGGGGAAGAGGAAUCCAUUUGCUUCUGGAGCUAGUGUCGAAGAGUUGCUGCCGGGUCCUUCUCCAUAUCGACGCACGCAGACAGAUGCGUCUUCCGGACUAAAUUUCAUCAGAAGCGACAUAGCUUCGAGGAGGCUCAGCUUGGGCAUUCGAAACGAACUUGCCGCCAAGGCGAGAACCCGCCGCAGUCAGGUAAUCCGAUCAUGGUGGCAUUACGCAUACGGUGUCGUCGCGUAUGAAAUUCAAAAGCGAAAGCGCAGACGCGACAAUUUCAAAGAAAAAUACGUGUCAUUUGACUGGGACCGACAAAAACGAAAGCGCGAGGAAUACAUCAACUUGUACAUGAGCCUUCACUUGAAAGUUGGCGAACACGUCGACUGCGACGCCAGCGUGCCGGACCCAUGGGCGCAAGAUAUCUUGAAAAUCGAAGAUGAACUUCCAAUUGAACAGAUCUUGCUAUAUCGAUCCAUUGCACGAGCCCUAGAGGUGCACGGACUGCGGUCCAUGCCGUCUUCGGUGGAAGUGCUGUACUCCGAUUAUGCAUCAAUCUUGUCAGAACAUCGCGCCUCUACUGUCAUGUCAGCGACAGAUGUUGACAUAAAUAUCAACACAGGGCUCAAUCUGCAAGGUAUGAAUGAGUUCACUCCACACCGCAUAGCGAUGGACGAGGUAGACGACGAGAAUCUCGUUUCCGUUCUAGGCAAGCGAUGUAAUGACGGUCGUUUGUACCGCUCCUACCUUGUUGGCGACGAUGUUCAGCUGUUUGAAGAAGAACGGGCCAAUCUUCCACAAAGGCAUGGAAUGCACAUGAGCCAUGACGAUCAGGACGACCAGGACAGAGCCUCCAGACCCGACAAUUAUCGUGCUGCAAGUAUGGGAUUUGGGACAGCUCAUAGCAGUGACCAUCCUCUCAGUGAAAUUCGCGAAGACCUGGGGGGCUCAAAAGUCAGUUUUCAGUAUGAUUAUUCAGAAGACAUGGAAGAAGCGCCCCGAAAGACUGCAACAACUCGAAGAAAUCGCCGAAGAGAGGGUUCCGAUGGUCGAACUGUGCGGACUAUGAAAACAACAAAAACGCGUUCGACGAUGGCAGGCACAGUGUUUGAGAAUAUGUCCAUAAGUGAGCCAACGUCGACUGGUGCCAAAAUAUCCUUCGCUUUCUUUUUCAAGAGCGUUGAGGUGAUGCUCGUGUCAGAUGAAGGAUCGAACCCUGCUCCAUUCCAAAGGACAACAUCAUAUUUAAGCCACGACGACCCAAGCACUAGAAGUAGCGAUGACGUUUCAGACUUGUCCUUCCUCUCAGAAGAAGACUUCUUCAUGGAGCAGGAAUCCGCACCGGCUGCUGUUGUUGAAGAAGAACACACAGACAACCCAAUGCUGUCAUCAACGGAUUUUCUGCUUUUUGGGCUGCCUAAGAACAUGCUUUUGCAUGUGACUUUGUCGCCUUUGCGAUGCACCAUUCUAGGCCGAAGCGGCGGAUCGAAGAACGUUAAUUUUUCCGUUGGCACAAUCACAGCAUCGGGAUCGGGACGAGACAACUUAAUUGCUAUUGGAAGCAGAGCGUCGCCAAAACCAGUCCCUGUGGUCAAUUUGACGAAGAGAGACCGCAGCUCGACCCGUGACGGUGGACUGCGCUUCAGCACGCAUGCCCCUACUGCUCCCAAAGAAGCAAUGACGAUCUCCGUCGUGUUGAGCAAAGGCCACAGGGUCUUACAGGCAGAUGUGGCCAAAGUUCACGUCUGCCUUGAUGUUCCUCUUUUGAUAAAGCUGGUGAAGUUUCCAUCGACGUCCGAUGAAGGGAACCCACGUCGGACGCUGCCAAAGUCUGAGCGAGAAGAAGCUCGGCUGUUCAUUCUACGGGAGAAUCCCCCAUCAAAACUUGCAGAAAUGAACUCUUCAAUCAGAGUUCAUGGCAUCGAUCUGUCAAUUCCAGUUGACGCCAUGGCGGCGGCAGAAGCAGAAGUGGAGUCAAGUGCCUCUUCAUACUCGGGAAGCUUUGAACGGCCCGAGAGUCGCUCCCCUUCUGCGAGGAUCACCGCUGGCAUUGUCGAACUGUACAGUGGAAGCGCAGUCAGCGACUUAUGCGGUAAUGAGAGCGGAGCGCAGGUUGGCUCGUUGGCAAUGCUCGACUUGGACGAAUUGGUCGAAAAGGGGACCCUUUCAUCGCAGCAUUGUGUCGUUGCGGUAUCUGGUAUCGAUUGUGCGCUGCAAACUGAAACCGACGCGUUUGCUUUCUCAGAGGCGCCGUCGCUGCUAGCGGAACCAGUCGACAUAGAAAUGCUUUUCACAAACAGUGGUAGUACCAUUCUAGACGAAGACAGCCCAAGGCAAGAGAUUGCGCUGGAAGUAUCUCCCAUUCAUAUACUGCUAUCAGAGACCAGGUUGCUCUUCUGCAACCGUGUGCUGCAACCGUUAAGAGUCAAGGGUGAUCGCAAACCGCCGAGUGUGGAACCCACAUCAACGCCUCCUCGGCUCGAGGCGCUUUCGCGGCUUAUUAUGAGGUGUGUUGACGUGUCAAUCCGAAGUUUAAAGAUCUCGAUAAUGAGCGACGAACAGAAGUAUCCUUUGACACCGGGCCAGAAAGCGAUAAUAAUGGAAGAAUGCCUUGGGGACUUUCUCUCAAUUGCCUCCUGUUUUGACCUGAAUUUCCCAAAUGAAGAUGCACUGUCAUCGAGCAUGCAAAUCUGCAUCGACCGUUUGUGUGGCAUUGGGCUGUACGCGGAAGAUGCCUGGGACUGCACUAACUCGGCCCUUCUCAGUUUUUACGAGGAUGAUGCACACAUUCCACCACCGCCGCAACCACCGGCAACCGAAAGUAUGGACGAGACCGACAAGUCUGCUGCGUCGGAGUUGCAAUCUGAUCGCAUGAAGGGAACAUCUGAAUCUGAUCGCAUGAGGGGAGAUCUGGAAUCUGAACGCAUGAGGGAUGCAUCCGAAUUUCAAUCUGAACGCAUGACGGAACCCGAGCCAUUCGACAAAUCGAAGGCUGUAGACAAGGCAAUACGGAAUGCUGUGACAAGAGCGCUUCACGACUUUACGCCCCCCGACGAUGAAAUUGACCCAAUUCGGCAACCAUUGAACACAUUGUUGGUUGUCGACCUCCCCAAAGGUGCUCAGGUCUCGACAAUACACCUAUUCUAUGACUUCCACCUUUCUGCAAGUCUCCAAAACUUGUUUGUUACAAACACGGCUGGAGUCCGCCUUCUUAGGAUUGCGCCAAUCGAGCAUCACGACGAUCAAGCGCAAGAUCAAGGGUCGUCGGAGGGAGAGGUUGACAACAGUUCAAGCAGCGAGCCUGCGCUGUCAUUCUCUCGAUUUGAGUUGGACGCAGCUUAUGGCUUUGGAAAAGGGGGACUUCCAUUGGACAUUCUCGGCUCGGAUGAAACUCACGCCGACGAUGAAUUUUUUAGGAUUAAAGAAAAGCUCGAUGAUAUCCAAGUCGGAGAACUUGAAUUCUUCUUCUCUCACGACACUUUCGAUGACAUGAUGAAGGUCAUCUCCCGGAUGAAGAAGUGUUUUGCCUCUCCUGAUCCAAAUCAGAGCACUGCCAAGGCCAACUCAGAUGACGUUAAGGACAAGACGUUGUUUACUCCGUUGAAAACGUCUUUCUUUGCAAGGUGCGAUAUUGUAUCGGUGCUUCUGGCCACUGACAAACUAGUUCCGUUCAGUCGGCUUCGCUGUGACAGUCUGUACAUAAAGAAAGACGGGCGCCCAAUUGACCCGGAGCAGCCGUACAUUCCAGUGUUGAAAGUGGUAUCUCGUGCAUUUUCACUAAUCAACUUGACAGAAAAAGGCCAGCACUAUCCAGAUGCCAUAACUCCACUAUACCUUGAGGACAUGAGAAGCUUCCCUUUCCAGGUUGAGUACUCGUCGGGAUCUCCCCCUUGGCUGCCUGCUUCAGAUCUCAAAAUGGCACUGCGUGGUUUCCGCCUUUUCCUUUUACGACAAUACAUCAAUGAGCUUCUGCAGUUCUUUCUCUGCGAGUUGUACGGCGUCGGGAAGUUGAGACAUGCCGCCAAAGUGGCCGAGGAGAUGGAACGUCCCAAAAAGGAACCGAGUCCUCCCAUGACAUACACAAUCAACAUUCUUGAUUCUUCCCUCAUUCUACCUCGGUCGACCCGCAGUCAUGACUUGGCUGCCAUCGAGAUCGGUCGAGGGGUCAUCUUCAAUAGCAGGCGCCACCACUCGUUCAGGAUGCCAACAGAAACAAGCCCAUUCCAGGCGGAGCAGGAGGAGGAUGCAGAGACUGGCUCAGUGUUUACAAGAAUGACAUUUCAGCUGCAUCAAAUGCGGCUCUUCACUUCUCUCAGCGAUGAAAAGUUUGUCCCGAACCAAACAGAUAGUCCCAUUUUUCGGUACUUUUAUGACGUUGAUGGGAGAGCUGAGCACAACUCAUGGGUUUACAGCAAACAAUCGAUACUCGGAGACGACCCACCGGAAGAACACGCGGAGGUGUUUGAAGCUCUGUCCGAGCGAAGAUGGAGGGAAAUCACUACGGGGUUCUUGUCCUUGGACGUCCUGUGCGAUUACACUCCACACCUUCGACUACUUAUCUGCGAGCCUCUUGAACCGGAACACUUCGUGGCGGCCCCCCGGCUCGACGUGAGGUUGUCACAAUUCUGUAUGCUCCUCUCCGUGUGGUAUGACAACAUGCAAGAGGUUCCAUUGAUGUUCCCAUAUCCGGCUACAAAGUUCCUUGCUGAUGGUAGAAAUCUUCUGUGGUGCACCAACCCAACAGAAUAUGGGACGGACGACUAUCUUGGAGUUUGGGACGAUUGGUCGUGCGUCAAGACGGAGAUCUGCGUGAUUUUGAGAAACCUUGGAUUGCGCUGCCAAUUUGACCCGCCUGGUUAUUUUGACCAUGAAAUCGAAAUCCAGACUUUCUACGAAGACCCAGAUCCUUCAAAGGAGGGGCAUUGUUGUCAGGUAUACUUCACUGAUGUCAUUGUUCAAACGUACAGCGACUUGCGAGGGAUGAUGAGGGUGGCCGUCGCAGCUGCCGCCUUUGAUUUCAUUGACGAACGAAGGAACGCACAUUGUCAGCGGACAUUCGACGUGCGAGACAGGAAAGGGAAGGAUGAGACCAAAUUCACCACAUGGGCAGACUUGAGUUGGGGGCUUCGAGAUGACGCCAAGGGAAUUGGCAAGCCGCUACCGCAACCGGUGCAGAUAUCCGUCUUUAUGACCAAGGAUUGGGCUCUGAUCAAUCUGGGCCUGGACGAAGCCAAUGCUGUUUUGAGUGAGCUCUCGCCGAUUUGGUUCUUCCUUGGAUUCUUCAUUCCUUAUUGGCAAGAAGGGGCUUAUGGCAAUCCAGGAUACACCGGCAACGAGGCAGCCAGACGAGUAAAGGAUGUGCUCCAAGCAGCAAGAGGAGUAGAAAUGAAGGAUCCGGAUGGUAUGAACAUUGAUUUCCGUAUGUGGCUGGGAAAACCUCACCUAUCCAUACCGUGUGACCUCGUUGAUCCUCGCGGACCAAGCCUGCGUAUUGAAAGCGAAACCGGGUUGUGGUAUCGUUUCAAAUCUAUCAAGGAUUACAAGUCUCAAGAAGUCAUCAGCACUGGGUUGGACCUUGUUUUUGCCAACGAGUUUCUCAGCCCACGUGAAAGCUUUGACAGCCGUGAUACCAUGGUCCGUCACCUGGUAGAAGGACUCUCGUUUGCAUUGCGCCUGGACGGUAACAAUGAGAUUCCUGGAUGUUACCACGCUGACUAUGCUCUUGAGAUCCCUUACAAGACUGGUACCAAAGCCGAUUGUAGCAUACGAUCUCAUGAAAUUCAAGUUCCACCCAUCAUCUUAGAUGCCCCAACAAUCUGCUCUCCCGUGGAAACCCCCACAAGGGUGCUUGGCCCUGUUGUUUGCGAGAUCACCGUGAUUGUGGAAGUGCUGCCUCUCGCUUCUUCCGUCAUGGUGAACUUCUUCUCUGGUCCCGUGGACGAUACCAUUGAAGUUGAACCGAUAGACGAGAAGAAAACAUUCUCCUUUAGGGGCAACAUCGGCGACCUCAGGCUUUUUGCUGUUGACCCUGUGCUUGGAGUACAGCUUCCUGUAGCAGUUGUCUCCAUAUCAAAGAUCCUGGUGACGGCCUCUCUUCUGUCUCAAGAUCCAACAAGAAAGGGACAAAUUUCCCGAGGCGAAUCUCCUCCCGAGGACCUUCAUGUUAUACUCGACAGUCAUUAUUGGGCGGACUACUUCAAGUUGGGGGUAACGAGGAGCUGGGAGCCUCUUUUGGAGCCUUACAGGUGUGUCCUGCUCUACGAAAAGUCAAAGUAUCGUGGCACUGGUCUGUCAAUCAAUGCAGACUGCCCUUUCCAUUUGAAUGUUUCCGGGGCUUUGCUUCUGAUCUUUGACGAAGUAAUCGACUCCUUCUCCCGUCUGGUAAAGGAAGUGUUUGGUCAGGAUACGGAACAAGAGCUUGAGCGUGUCAUCCCCAAGUCGUCUCUGCUGAGAGAGAGGUUGACAGUUGGUGAAAAAGUGCGUCUCGCGGGGGAUCAAAACCUGAUGGUUGUGCAUGACAUCCCCAAACCAUUGCUGGGAGAUCGCGUUGCCUUCUCCCUGUGCAAUCUAACUGGGCAGAAAAUGCGUAUUCACCAGCAAGAAGGGUUGUUUCUCAAUGGCGAGCGCAUGAAGCCUGCGGUUGUGACAUACCUCAAUCAUGAUGAGUCCACCAGCCUGUCGUUCGAUGCCACCAUCUCGGUCGUCAAGAAUUUAUCAGUUGUGGAAGUCCCAUACCCUGGUCUGCCAAGCUCUCAGAGUAUGAAGCGAGCAGAAAGAUCGACGAGGCAUGCUGUCGAUUUGCAGCUCCCUGGCUUCCGGUGGGUGCAGGGUAUCAAGGUUGACACGUUUGGUCGAAAAUUUGAAACGCUCAGACCACGCUCCUCCGAUCUUCUUUCGAAGAUACUGCAAGAUUGGCGCUUGGAAAACGCUCUUCAACUCUUGGUUGAAGUUGGUUUGGACAAUGGGGGACGCCUGGUGACUGUGCGAAGCCUGUUUGAGGUCAGAAACAACACGACGCACCCACUCUCGGUUCUUCUUCACCCCGAUCCAAUACACAAGCCUGACAACAGCAGAAGGGCGGUAAACACUGACGAACACGAUGAUGCUCGGACACGUUCUGACGAUGAAAUAUCAGUGGUGGAACCGGGGGAUUUCUUCCAGAUACCAACGUACUUGCUUGAAAGCAGUUUGAACAUGGGCGGUUGUCACCUAGGAUCCCUCUGGUUCAGACCAGACACCUCAGAUGAUAUUGCGUUCCCUAAAUUGAUUCCGGGAAUCGGUCACGAAGGCUCCGGACAAACGAACGUCGAGACCAACUAUUGCUCUAAACCAGUGCAGCUUGCAAAGUUAGUUCAAGAAUCAGCCAUCAUCUUUGAAGACCACGGGGAUUCAGAAAUAUCUCCCGAGAAAGCAAAAACUGGCAUUCAGCUCGCAUGUGUCGUUCAAUCAAAGGGCGGAGAGUCUUUGCCGCCCUUUUGUUAUGCUGUUGAAAUUGGGAGGAGCCCAAUAGUGCCGGACAGAAGGAGGUCAACUAAUGCUCACAUCGGAGGAAGCCAACGUUUUGACGCAUCUGACAUACACUGUCCUGUGGCCUACACCUUGGCACUACAUGCCCCCUUUGUCAUAACCAACCUAUUGCCGGAGACGGGAAGGUUCGAAUUGAUGCAUGCUGUGAGAAGGACGGUCCUGUGGUUUGGUGAUUUGAAGCCUGGGCAGCAGAUGCCCGUUCACUCAGUUGGCUUGGACGCACCUUUGCUGCUUCUCCUGAAUCUUGGUUUCUGUAGAACACCAGUAGGAGAGGGAGCACUUGUCCAUCAUGGGGCAGACGCACCUGUGGGUUCCAAAGACAAUGUUGGCUUAAAGUCCUUGGUUGGAAAAUCUGCUGGGGCAGUUGGGAAGGUUGUCACAAAGGGCACCGGCGCCGUUGGGAAAGCCGUUACAAAGGGUACUGGGGCCAUGGGGAAAGUUGUACAAAAGGGGACCAAAUCAAUAGGAAAAACUCUGAAUGCAAUGUCUGAUUCCCCAGACAAGUUGAUGGCAGAAGAUCCAGAGAUGUACGCAGCCCUUUUAGAGGCGAGGCAGGCCCAACAACAGAGUGGCGGUGCAGGAGCCAUGGGAUUAGAUACAGGCCUUGGAAUGGAUACUCCAGAAGGUAGAAAAGUCCACGCUGUGGAAGGCAACAUUUACUCUCCGUUUGAUGUUGCUUUGGAAACAGCCGUGGUCGAUAGUAUUGGUCAGCGUCUCACGCUGAGCAUUGAGAAUAUCCGCGGAGGUGGCGGCCAGCGUAGGAUAGCCGUUUACUGUCCUUUCUGGAUUGUGAACACAACUCAGCACUCCUUGCGAUACAAACAAGAAGGAAGCAAAGCUUUCGUUUGUGGUACCGUAGUAGACUCUGAAAGGGAUGGUUCAAAGCCAGUUGAUGGGAGUACUCGGAAUUAUGUCAACAGACACCAGCUUGCAAGAGCCACUCGUCUGAGUCCUAACAGGUAUAUCCGUUCCCAUCGACCCAUGAACGAAGGAACCAUAUUUGCUGGCACCGUUGGGGCUUUGGCUACAUCCCCCGGUCGCUGUGAUCUUUCACCAUCGGAUUUAACUGAUUUGAUUGACAAGGACCUCUCGCUUGAAAGACUGGCCAAUCUUGCUUUCAUGUUCAAUUUCCAUGAAGAUGUCCUGUCCAUUGGAAACCGAAGACUGUCCGUACAGCUCGCGGAUAGCACAGAACAUCUGCAGUACUUUUCCGAUUGGGCCCGAGGCUUCAGUUUGGACUCGGUUGGUUUCUCACAGAUUGUGGCGCUCCACUGUAGAGAAGGCCGUGCCCUUGAACUGUCGGUGGUUGUCAGUGUGGCACCUGGUUUCUUGUCUGGGUACACAAAAAUUGUCCGUUUUGUCCCACGAUACGUGCUUGUCAACCAGCUGGAGUUUCCCGUGCGACUAUGGCAAGACAGCUCUGUGUUUCGUCCUCUAAACGAGUCCCCAUCGACGACGGGAAUUGAUGAGUUGGUGAGAGGUACCGAUCUGGGUAAAUGGAGGUUUGCUACGUCGGAAGACCACCAUCUCAGUGUUAUCAACCAGUACGAAGCUCUUUGGGGAAGGGUGACUGUGGUUGAUGAAUCGGAUUCAGAUCGGAUUCUGGAGGGCACAACGGCUCACAGAAACGCCAACUACAUUGCAACAGCCGGACCGCUCGAAUUCGUUCCCUUCCAUUUGCCAGAUUCUCGCGGCGAGAGGCAGCUUCGAGUCGGUUUGGGAGCUGCGUGGAAUCUCACAGCAAGUUUCGCAUCCGAUUUUCCUGGCGAUCACACUCUGGGGGUCACACGCUCUGUGGAUUUGAGAUUUCUUAGGCAUGUUUCCACGAGAGCGUCACCAAUGUACAGAGUCUGCUUACCGCCAGCCCAUGGCGGUGAGUGGGAUGGAGAACUUGGUGUUUGGUUUGAAACUGACUGGGGUGGUGAUAGGCGCAUCAUUGUGAAAGGGAUGAGACGAGGUCGUCACUGCUUCAAUGAAACAGACAUCCACGCAGGAGACGAACUGCUUCGCAUAGACACCGUGUCAGUCUCAAGGUUGUCGUUCGAAGAGACGAUGAAGCUGCUCAAGCAGCGCUUGGCGCAGGUUUCUUCCUCUAGUAGUACCAAAGCGAAGAUGUCCGAUAAUUCAAAAUGGAUGGAUCGCUCGUCUGGGUUCUUGCGUCGUCGCCAGAGCGAGCAAGAGGAAGAAAGAACGGAGUCAACUCAGGACCGACUUAUUCUCACCUUCCGAACACUGGAAGAACGUCUAAGACGGCUGCGAAUGAAGGCUGCUAGAAACAGUGGUGUAAGCAAUGUCGGAAGGACCAACCACGGUGGGCCGGGGGGGGGAGACUCGGUGUCGCAACCAGGAGCACCCAUGUUCAAUCGAGCCCUGGGUGGUUUGAGGGUGGAAAUGAAGCCUCUACAUCACUCCAUGUUUGUCGUGCUUCGACGACAGGAUCCUACGAACCCUCCUUUCAGGAUCGAGAACAGAUCUAUGAAUCACACGAUAUUUUAUCGUCAACGAGGCUGUGAGAGCCACAAUUGGAAUUCACUCCGUCCGGGCCAAACACAAGCAUAUUCGUGGGAGGAACCAAUGAGACCUAAACGGCUUGUUGUAAGGGCGGCGAGGGAUGGCCUCUCCCUGGGGCGACCCGAAAGUGAACCUCCAGAUGACGCAAGUAUUCGCAGUUUCACGAGUGAAGGUGCCGGGAGCAGGGAAAUAGAACAACGGACAGCGCGGUCAUCAAAACUAAGGCAGGCCUUGUCGUACCAAUACGUGGAAGACGAAGAACAGGGUCGCUUUGGAGCAGCCACCAUCGUUAAACUCGAGGAGAUUGGGUAUCGCGGAAUACUUAUGUGCCCCGUAGGCAUGACAGAGGAUCAAGACGCACGGAGGAGAAGGGUUCACUUAAACGUCGAAGUUGAAACAGAUGGAGCCACAAGAAUUAUGGUCAUCUCAGACGACACCUCGCAAGCCCGUGAUGAUGAAGUGGCAGUGAUGAAUCGAAGACUGGAAAGUUUGAAGCGACAACUGAACGAAGAAGAGAGCAGAUUGGCGAACCUCGCCGCGCUCCGAUAUCUUCUUGGGGGCACUGGUAACGAGGGGGCUAUUUUACAGGGCGCGGCACUCAGCAAUCUAUCACUCUACAUGGAACAAGUCGAAAGUCUCGAUGAUGCUGAAAGGGAACGCACCAUCGAAGACCUUGCUUUGAACAUCACAGAUGACUUUCCACAAGAACACGUCGUCUAUCGGCGCCAUCAAAUUGUCGUGGAGGUCCUCGAGGCGGUCGGUUUGAACCCAGAAAAUGAGAUAGCCUUCUGCAAUCCCUAUUGCGAGGUUAUCUUGAAGGGUCGGUCCAAACUGAGGAAGUCGUUCUUUGAAAGAAUUAGAGACAGGGGCAAGACUUACUACGCAAAGAAAAGUCUUUCGCCAAAAUGGACGGAUCAAAUCUUUGUCUUUGAUGUGCCCGCGGAAGCUGUGUCUGUUACGAGGGGCCACUCAAUUCAUGUCAGAGUCCGAAACUUCCGUUUUGUCGGGGCACACAAGAUGCUUGGCCAGGCGACUGUGCACCUCCACAGCGUGCGAGAUCAGCAAGAACUUGUUGGAUGGUAUCCCUUGGCGGGAAGAACCGGCAGCACUGAACUUGACAACCCACUUUCCAAUUGGGGGCGGGGAUCUGUCAAGCUGCGCAUUCAUUGGGUGCAUUCUACUCCUGCAUUACUUGACUAUCUCAUCAUGUUCACGGGCAAGCGCUUGCAGCAGUUGGAGGACAGGAGAAAUGGAUUGCGAGAACAGUGGAAGACUGCCUCGGACGCAGAAAAACGAAGGAGAGAGGGUGACACUUUGAAGUCUACGGUUUCUCAGGCGGUUCCGAAGGUGCAGAAGGACAGGAAUGCGUCAAAAAAGCAAUCCCACUCAAGCUCUAGCAAGGAACUGGACGUCAAUGGCGACGAGGCCAUGGGAGCCGGCUUUUUUGAUACCCGAAGGAUAGUCAGAGACAGGAGCAAGCUGGUGACCUACUUUCAGAAGAUUGCAAAGAAGAAGGGGCACGAGAGAGGUGAAGGAUCAGAAAAUGGGCAGAGCUUCCAGUAUGAUUCAGAACAAUGGACCGGUGGAGCGUCGGGCCUGCCAAAGAUUACCGAGCAUGGAGCGUCUUCAGAUGGAUCAUCAAGUUCUGCCGACACUUCGCUAUUCGAUAUGUCUGGCAAGGACUCUUCCGACUCAGGCUCUGGUGACGGGAUUCAAAAAUGGCGCCAAAAGAGAGGUUCUCUAGCAAGCCGCAGUACCCGCAGCAGCUUUGUGAUGGAAAAGGCGCCGCCAAACCUAACCCGUGCACGUCCUGGCAAUCGCCGCCAAAUGCGUGGUCGGCAGAGUGAAAUUAAGCCCCCAUUGGGAGACCGAACACUGGCUCGCACAACGGGGAAGAUGUUUGCCCAAAAGCUGUUCAAGCGGCUUUCGGCGUCAGUGAAUAUCCCCACGGAUAAGUUGUCCAAACUGAACGAUUCUAGUUCCGUUGGGGAUGACGACGAGCAGAAGGAAGCCGCGAGGCUUAGUCAAUUGGACACGGUCAAAGAACUUCUGUCACGAGGACUCAUUCUUCACGAGGUUGGCCAAUACUUCCACCGAGUUGAUCCCUAUCGCCUCCAUGGCAAGGCUGACGAUGGAACUGCUUUGAAGAUUCCUCGAAUAACUUGCUGGACUCAUGCACAAUCUUUUUUGAAUGACGAGACACUCGACCUCAAAGUCGGCGAGGCCUCUUUUGAAGUUGUCAUCCAUCACUCGGUGAAGGCUCCAAAGAGGCAGAUUGAUGCUGGAGGCUCUUACUCCAAGCGAGUUGCCAAGGAGCGACUCCAACUCCCUUCUUUAGCUCCAUUGUCGAUGGGGCAUCGUGCUCUUCAGCAUAUUGAGUAUGUUGUUCAGUCAAGAAACCAGUUCGAACGUGCCUGCCGAAGAGCGCUGAGGUCUGUGUUGAACCCCGGAGGAUGGCUAACAAUUCGCCCCAUUACGGCAUUGAAUCUUCCCGAUACUUACACGGGUAUGCAUGUGAAGCUGAAGUACGGUCCUGAGGUGGUUGUGAGCUCAUCCGUUGAUGCCAAAGUAACCCCGACUUGGACUCCAAAGGAAGUCAUGAAUCGCGUCAGCACCGUACCAGAUCUCCAGGACGAGUACGGUUUAUAUUAUGAGGAGGCAGAUGACCACAUCCCUCCAGCCCUCAAUAUGGACAGAUUUGAAUUUUACGAAAACGAUCUUCUCUUCUAUGUGGAACCACAGAAAACAAGCGGUUCAAUUCGGCUAUCCGUGGUUGGCGAGCGACUCAAUAACAAAAGCGAGCUUGGGGUUUUGCACAUCCCGCUUGGAGCCGCAAUUGGCUCAUGCAUUGAUUGCAUUGAAGAUUACCUGGACUCUUUCUCAGAACAUGCUCCUUCGACAACCCCGAUGUAUGUUCGAUGGUUCCCGUUGAUGAAUCCCAAAGAUACUGAUCCUGUGGAAGGUGACAUGGGCUUAAGCUCCCGUCCCCCAGAAAGUGAACAGCUUGGUGAUGAUAUGUUCCAACAGUACUUUGCUCCGUGCAUUCAGCUUGCUUUGAUGUGGUGGCCCGACGACAGAGAGAUGGGCUUUGAUAUCGAUCACGAGGAAUCGGAGGUGCCGCAAGAUGUGAGCCAAUGCUUCCAACCUGUUCACAAGACUCCCGAACAACCAGAAAAGUCACUCAUGAACAACUACUUCAAUGCUGAUAUUGGGCGCAUAUCAGCUGCUUUGAUCGAUUCAGAUAGGGCGAAAGAGCUCUUGUCGUUCUCGGCUCUGGAUAUUGACUUGCGAUACUCAGAGAAUGAUGCCAAAACCAGAAUUGGGCUUGUCGUGGGUUGGGUCCAGCUAGAUCAUCAGGAAGACAAGUCGAGAGAACCCGUUGUCUUGGCACCGAAACCGGUCGAACACAUCCAACCAACAUGUCAGUUGCUCAUUGUGAAAGACAACUUACGUUCAAAGAAGAAUAUCAUGUCUUAUCAACAAAUACGUCUCACCCUUGAGGAAAUGGACCUUACCAUUGAAGAGUCAUGGCUGUUUGACUUGUGGGACUUCUUCAUUGGUGUUGUCAGGAGACGUGAAGUGAGGCAAAAGGCAAACAGGUCCUUUGAGGUUGACACGAAGGGCAAUGAACUGCAGAGAGAGAAUCGCUUUACAAAUAUCGAGCCGCCAGAUCCAGACACUCCCGGUUUGAUGUCUCUCCUAGUUGGUGAACAUUCGGAAGAAGAUGCCUCGGCUGGCAAGGUUUACGUGGAGCAAUUGGUUCUCGGCCUCCUCAAGGUCAAUCUUAGCUAUGUCAAGGGCAAAAAGCAGCUUGCGUGGGAGCUUACGGAUAAGGGUGAUUGGGUAUCAAAGACAAUGGACCCUGCUUUCCAUGUCAUUUCACAGAACUUGGGAGUUUCAGGAGUUGUCGGCGAAGAGGAAGAAGGAGAUCCUUCUGAAUUGUUCAUGAGAUGGAGUCAGCAUACGUAUGAUGAAGACCUGUGGGCAGAGAGACAAGGCAAACGGUCUCAGAACCUGAAAGGAAUUAUUGGCGCCGUCUUGCCCAACGUCUCUGAUGCACCAAUCAGACUGCAAGGAAAGGUCUUGGACAAUGUGUUUGAGAGCCCGAGUGAAAUUUUAUCCAGCAUCUCAAAAUUCUACGUGAUGGAGACGCUCCGGCAAGUCUACAAGAUCAUUGGCUCACUUGACUUUGUCGGCAAUCCUACUAUGCUGUUCAGCUCGUUUGUCAGUGGAGUGCGUGAUCUAGUGGUGACACCUUCUGUCGCAUUCUUGAGAUCACCGACAAACCCAACAAGUGUUGGAAUCGGGGUUGCAAAGGGCACUUUGUCGCUCUUUUCCCACAGCACUAGUGGAAUCUUUGGUUUCUUGGCAAAGACUACUGCUGCUGCUGGGCAAGCUGCGGCAAUGCUGUCUCUGGAUCCUGAGUAUAGAGACUGGCAUCGAGAACGUGUUGUCACAGAAGCAACCAAUCUCAAUAGAGAAUGGAAGAAACGCGGAAUCGAGAGCGUCUCUGCGAUGAUGACGAAACCGGUCGGUGAUGUUGCCCUCGGUGUUUUGAUGGGUGUUAGUGGUCUUGUUACGGCACCAUACAAAGGGUAUCGCAACAACGGGAAGCUGGGUUUGGCUAAAGGGGUUGCAGUGGGUGGGAUAGGGUUGGUCGCGAAGCCGAUUGUUGGUCUCCUUGAUGCAUUUACUCAUUUUACAGCAUCAGUCCAUGACAUUGCAAAAAGCGUGAAUAUUCUCGAAAGACGGUUCCAACCGGUGCUGAAACUACGGCUUCCAUACAUCUUCGGUCUGAGCAAUGUGUUGGCGCCGUUUGACAGUGUUUCUUCACGCAGUAUGUAUCUGUUGAAGAAUUUCACUCCAAAAAGCCUUAAGAUGAAAAAGUCCGCUUGGAAUGAGACGCAUGUUGCUUCCGAGGUCCUCCACAUGGAGCCUGGAGUUGACACGUAUGCCAUUGUUACAACACUCCGUGUCGUCUUGAUUAAGGUGAAGAAAGACAACCUUGGUCGUCUGGGGUCAACCCUUUGCUGGGAAGUGAGCCUUGGGACCGAAAACAAUAAAGUGUCUUCACAAGUGUCGGAUCAUGGGCACAAUGGGGUUGCCUUGACCAUUACCAGGCGAUACAAGCGGUCCACUGGGGGGCGCUUUAGGUCCCUCGAACAGAGGAGAAAGAUGAGCGCUUCAACAGGAACAGGGAACUAUGGAAGCCAGCAGCAACAGAACCCCAAUCAGCCAAGCAGAUCACCGGCAGACAAGACUGCAGUAUUGGAUCAACGGCAACAAACAGCUUCUCCAAGUGGCGACGAUAGGGCUACGGACGCAGUAGUUGUUGGCACUAGCAGCCCGCAGCCUGACGACGAGGAUCAAGGAAGGAUUCUACCAACUACGCCCAAUUCUUCUUCCAGGUUCCAAACUCAGCCGGAAAGCGGGGUCAAAGAUGAUCCUUAUCACGGACACGGGGAAACGUAUGGGAACGGGGAAACGUUGGAGUGGUUCACAGUGUUGGCCGAGUACCCCAAUCGUCCACAGUUGACGCGCAUCCAUAAUGCAACUUCCUGCAUUUUAGGGAAUUACGAUGCAGUCGUCCAUGACCACCAUAGGAGCCCAGCGAUGAGCACGGAAGGGUAUACUGCGUUCGGCCUUUUCGACUUUGAGAAGAAUUGGACGGACGAAGGUCAAAACGGAAGACAAGAAAAGUACCUAAUGGCUGCACUGGAACGUCUCCCUUGGAUGCAUGACAAGACAUUUGAAGCAACUAGAGGAAAGACACUUGACGAACAAAGAUCACUUGUUAGGGAUAUCCGCGAUAAAUGGAUUUUCUCCUGUGAGCUGGAGGCUUCCAUUGAAAUGGGCGGUCCUGCAUGGCUUAUCGAAACAAGGGCGCACGCCAUGUUUGUCCCUUCUGAACCACCAAUGCCUCCACCGUCAAUACCUCGCAACGACCCUGUGGUGAAGCAGGUUCUCUAUCAACAAAGCCACGGAAACAUCAGUCGAGAGCAGGUUCGAGAGCUCUUUGAAUGCCACAAACGUGACUUGGAGGGUCCAACUUCAGGCGAAAUUAGCAAUAUAUGGAGAAAGCUGUCAUCUGGAGAAGACUUUGAAUCCGAUCUCAGUGAGCUGGCCAAGUUUGAGGACUUUGAAUCUGCCUUCUCGUCAAUUUCGACCACUGUUGUCCAUCCCGGCGGGGGCUUCCACCCAAACCUCUCGGAGUUCAAAAGCCAAGGCAUUGCCUCUUUUCAAUCAGCGCACGAGAGCAUGCCAACAACGCUGGUGCGUCCUGGGAGUGGAAUGUCAGGCAGCUUCCCAGAUCAAGACGAUUACGACACUGAAAGCGUUGGCACGAGGACUUCAGACGGUUCUGCCGAUGGACUUGCAAGGCAUGUUGCAAGAAAUGAAGCAUCUCAGAGCCCACGAGCAAUGGUCUUUCCUCCGCUUGGUCCCAACACCCUUGUGAGGACUGAACCACACCUAUUCCCGGAUGCCAGCGGUCAAGUUGCAGGACGCACUGCUGUUGCUGCAGGCGAUCCGAUGCAGGCUGCGUCCUCGGAGGACAGGAUAGGACGUAUGGAGGGACUGAUGGAGCAGUUGGUAAUCUUCAACUCACAACUGGCUCUCAUGAAAGGGCCGUCAUUGGCCGGUGGAGGCGGCGUGAAUUUUCACUCUGGACAAACGGAUGCAGAUACCGGUGCACUCCAGCAAGAGAUAUUUGCGCUGCGAAACCAGUUGGAGCGACAAAGUAGGAAGGACGAUGCGACAACUGAGAUCUUGUCGGGUCUUCGAAAUGAACUUGCCCAUAUUCGAGCACGGCUUGCAGAAGAGGAGCUGCCACCUGCACCGAAAGCCCGCCUCACUGGCAGCAUGAAGAGCAAGGACAAGAAGAAGAAGGUGAAGCCCUCCAAGGUGAAGAAGAAGGCACCGCCACAGACCGUUGACGACGAUGAAAGCGAUGCAAAUGAAGAUUCAAAACCGAAGGCGAGGCGGCGCAGUGUAAGAUGGUUUCAGAUGGGAUCGUCCACCAAGUCAAAGUCCAAAAAGAAGAAGAGCAAGGACGACGAUGUUUCCGAAACUCCGAGUGCCCCAUUGGUGUUGGCAAAACCCGACGCAGUGGGGCAAAACGGGGACAACGAGAAAGACGACAAGCCUUCGAAGAAGACCGCCUCGUCUCCAGUGUAAGCGUGAUGCGGGGUGGCUGUCUCCCCGCAGAGUUUUGAAGCUAUUGCUACUAGUAGCUAGUAUAGUGUACCAGUAUCGUACUAUAGAAUGGAUCCUUUGGAAUGUCACUGUAAGGUAGCUAGCUAAUACUGUUGCUCCUACCGGGCUACCGGUGCCGCUGUGG